AUGUCAGUCGAAAUUGUUCCUUUACCAUUAAGGAUUAAUGAAAACGAAAGUUUUUUAUCAUAUGAUGAUAGAUUAAAUAGAGUUGUAUUUAAAACAUCAUCUGGAUUUGGAGUAGUACUUUUAGAUGAUCCAGAAGCAAAUAGAAGAUAUUAUAGUUCCGAUAAACCAAUCAUAGAUGCAAAAUUUUCACCAGAUUUAAAAUAUUCUGCAAUACAAUUCUCAGAUUAUGAUAUUGAAAUAUUACAUUUAGAGAAUGGUACAAGAUAUAUUCAAACAUGUAAAUAUAAAUCUAGUAAAGCCACUAUAUUAGGAUACUAUUGGACCACAAAAGAAAAUAUACUAUUAGUAACAAAUGCAUCAUUAGAAUUAUAUGCAAUGGGUUUGGAUGGUUCAUGUAAAUUAGUUAAAGAAAGUAAAAUUAAAAUAACGAAUUGUGUUUAUUCUUUUAAUUGUAAUUUUGGAGUACUAUUUUUACAUUCAGGUGGUACAUCAAUUCAACCAUACUUUUUUAGAACCAAUUCAUUUGAUAAAUUACCAAAGUUUAAUAUUGAAGGUAAUGGGAAUGGAUUUAAUAUAAAGAAUUUAUAUGUAACGAAAUUACAUGAAAAGUUUUUUUGUGUUUAUGGUGAUCAAGAGUAUAUUUAUCUAUACGAGAUGACAUUAGAGACAAUCUAUAAGAUUAAACCUAUAAAGAUAUUAUUAUCAGGUCCAAAUAGUAUUCAUUUCGUUGAUAAUUUAAUCAUUGUACAUAGUGAAUUAAAUAUUUCAAUUGUUUACGAUUUGAAAACUAUUCAACGUGAUCGUGAACGUGGUCAAACUAAUAAAAAAGAACCUGAAUUUCCAAUAUCUGCAAUACCAAUGACACUUUCAACUAUAAAUAGUAAUAAUUUAUUAUAUUUAAUGAAUAAUGCUACAAAAACACAUUCCACAACUUCAACUCCAAUAAUUAAUUCUAUUAAUAAUAAUAAUAAUAAUAAUAAUAAUCCAUCAUCGUCAUCAUCACCUAGUAGUAGUAAUAAUUCACAAUCAUCAUCACCAACAAUGAUAUCAUCAUAUGAACAACGCCAAAUUGAUCAACAUAAAGAACAACAAUUACAAAAACCAAAUGUUACAUUAUAUUCAAAGAAUUGGAGAUUCAUUUGUCCAAACUAUAUUUUCGAUCCAGAUUCUGGUAUUUGGUAUGAAGUUACAUUAAACUUUGAAAAGAUUUCAAAUUUCCUUCAAUUCGAUUCUCAUAAAACUAUACCUUUUCUUCAAGAACGUACUUUGUUAAGUGCAAAGUUUGCAUUACUUUCGAUCAUUAAAACAAUCAUUGAAUUUAAAACUGAUACUCUUGAUGGUAUUGGUAAAAUUUAUGAUGAUCUAAAUAAAGUUUUAUUUAGAACUACAAAUAGACAAUUAACUGAAAGUUUACAUAAAUCAAUUAAUCAACCAAAUAAUAAUAAUAAUAACAAUAAUAAUAAUAACAAUAAUAAUAAUAAUAAUACAGCACAAACUUUAAAUUCAACUGGAAAUCUAUCAAAUAGUAUUUCAAUAGGUGGAAUGAAUACAUCAACUGAUAAUUUAACAACAACAACAACAACAUCGUCAUCAAUAUCAUCAUCACCAUCAAAUUCAUUUAUUGGUAAUUCAAAAACCAAUGUAAAUAAUUUAUCAUAUUUAAAUUAUAAAAAACAACAGCAACAACAAAUGGAAAAACAACAACAUAUGCCAAAUGAUGAUGAAGAUUCUUUUAGUUUAAUUGGAGAUGGUGGUAGUGGUGGUAGUGGUGGUAGUUUUUAUAAUACAAAUACAAAUACAACCUCAACUACCAAUACCACUACUUCCCCAUCUGGUAAAAGUAAUAGUAAUUUGAAAUUAUCACAAUCAUUAAAUAAUACACCAAAUCAAUCACCAAAUAGUAGAUCAUCUUUAAAUAAUAGUAGUAAUAAUAUAAAUAAUAAUAAUAAUAAUAAUAAUAAUAAUAAUAAUAAUAAUAAUAAUAAUAAUCAUGUUGUACAAAAUAGACAAUCAAGAAGUAAUCAAUAUAUUUUAAUUAACAGUCAUGAUAUGUAUGAUUUCGUAUUCAAUCCAAUUUAUGAAAAAUUAUUAAUUGAAUCACAAAAAGAAAAAGAAAAAGAAAAUGAUAAUAAUAAUAAUAAUACCAAUAAUAAUACCAAUAAUAAUAAUAAUAAUAAUAUUGAAGAAUUAAAUUCAAAUGAAAAAUUAGAAUUAGAUUCAAAAUAUUUAAUUGCAGUGGUAAUUCAAUAUAUUAAAUCAUUAAGUUUUAAUCAUUGUACUGGUAUAUCGGAUAAAUUAUAUAAUCUAUUGAUUAGUUUAUUAAUUGAUAAUAAUAUGUUUUCAAGAUUACAUCAAUUCUUACAAUAUUAUGUAAUCACUGAUUCAUUAUCAAUAGCUUAUAAACUUUUAUCAAUUGGUGAACAAUAUCCACCAGUACUUCAAUUGUCAUUGGAUAUGUUUAAGAGAUUAUCAAUGCCAAAUAUUAUCAUCGAAACUUUAUUAGAGAGAGGUCAAGUUAUUCAAGCAAUUCGUUUAUUACGUUCAACAAAGGAAACUAAUGAACAAGCUUAUCAAGAGUUGUUGACCCCAACUUAUCCAAUUCAAUUCUUGGCUAGUUCUUCAAAUCAGUCCAAUGAUACUCUAUUCUUUUCAGUGUUUAAAUUCUUUGAAACUAAUAAUUUAAUUAUACCUUCACAUCCAUCCUUUGAUAAGUAUAUAAAAUUAUUCAUUGAAAAGUUUACUGAAAAAUCAUUAUCACCUCUAUUAUUAGAUAUUCUUUCAAAUUUAAAUAAUAAUAGUACUAGUGGUGGUGAUAUAACUCCAAAGAAAAAUGUUGGUGGUAGUUUCUUAAAUCAAAGUUUAAAUAAUUCUUCUCCAACUUUAAGAUCUUCAAAUUCUUUAAAUAGUUCACCUAGACUUCAAUAUUCUAAUAAUUAA